AUCGUGUUAGAUAAUCGAGUUAACCAAGAGAAAUCUCAGAAACCAAACAAAAUGAUCAAGCCAAGGAACCUUGACCUUGGAAAGGAGGCCUUGAAGCCUAGACGCAAGCUUCCUGGCCGAUACUUUGGAUCUUUCUGAUUUUGAUUGUCGAGAGAGAUUAUGACGGAACAAAGGUGGCCGUUGUUGUCUCUGGUGGGAGGAGAUGUGUUCUUUUGGGCGAUGAAGAGAGAGUUGAUCCGUAACGUUGGCAAUGCGAGAGAAGAAAACGUUCAUAAGGGACACGAUAAUAAUCAAGAUUUAACCAUUUUUUGGGGGCAUAUAAAUCGAAUACAUAACAUACAUCUGCAUUUACAUUGA